AUGGCAGCGGUGCAAGCUAAGGCCGGAGCGUCCGGGGUUGACGCCUUGAAGCCAGACGACCCUCGUGUCCAGCACUUGGAUGCCCAGAUUGGGCCUUACAACUACCACUACAUGUUGGCAACCCCCGAGAACCCCGUGGCCACGAUUCUGCUGGUGCACGGCUGGCCCGACCUGGGCAUGGCCUGGCGCUAUCAGGUCCCCUACCUGCAGUCGUUGGGACUCCGGGUCAUUGUUCCCGAUAUGCUCGGAUACGGCAGGUCAUCUGCUCCGGCUCCCAAGGAGGAGUACACUUUGAAGAAGAUGAGCGGUCACCUCAAGCAGCUGGUGGAGUUGGUUGUGGGCAAGGGCGAGAAGAUUAUCCUUGGUGGCCAUGACUGGGGCGCCGCUCUGGUUUGGCGGAUGGCUAUGUGGUACCCAGAGCUGAUUUCCGCUAUUUUCACACUGAACGUGCCAUAUACGCCACCACACCCGCAGUUGAUUCCGCUCGAGGCAGUAGUUCAACGGGUGCCGAGCUUCAAAUACCAGAUUCAGCUGGCCAGUCCUGUCGCUGAGGGCAUCAUAGACAAGAGCCCAGAGCGACUCCGUCAGUUCAUCAAUGGUAUCUACGGCGGCACAGGCCCAAAUGGCGAGCACAUUUUUAGCACAGACGUGGGUAUCAUCGAGGAGAACAUGGACAAUGUUAGUGAGGCCAAGCUCAUGUCGCAGGAGAUGGUGGACUUUUAUGUCCGCGAGUACAGUCGCAACGGCUUCCACGGCCCGACCAACUGGUACCGCACCCGAGAAUUGAACUUUGAGGACGAGAAGCCCCUGGCAGAGAUCGAGGGAGGCUUCAAGUUCAAGAUCCCAGCCAUGGUUGUGAUGGGUGAGAAGGACAUUGCACUUCCGCCUGCCCUAGCUGAUGGAAUGGAGAAAUGGUUUGAGAAUGGGCUCAAGAAGGAGGUCGCGCAAGGUGUUGGUCACUGGGCCAUGUGGCAGGAUCCGGAGACCAUUAACAAGCACAUUGGAGACUUCCUGAAGCCUGUUCUGGACGGCAAGGCAAAGGAGAAGUUGUAA